UCCCCGGCACCCGCACCCGCACCCGCACCCGCACCAUGGUGGAUGCGUUCGUGGGCACCUGGAAGCUGGUGGAAACGACCAAUUUCGAUGAGUACAUGAAGGCAUUGGGCGUGGGCUUUGCCACGCGGCAGGUGGCCGGGUUCACCAAGCCCACCACCAUCAUCGAGCUGGAUGGGGACAAGGUGACGGUGAAGACCCAGAGCACCUUCAAGAACACGGAGAUCAGCUUCAAGCUGGGCGAGGAGUUCGAUGAGACCACGGCGGACGACAGGCACGUCAAGUCUGUGGUCACGCUGGAUGGAGGCAAAAUGGUCCACGUGCAGAAGUGGGAUGGGAAGGAGACAUCGCUGGUGCGGGAGCUGAAGGAUGGGAAGUUAAUCCUGACUCUCACCAUGGGCAACGUCGUGUCCACCCGCACCUACGAGAAGGCCACAUAGAUGCCAUCCCCAGCUCCCUGCCUGUCACCUGGUGCCAACAUUCGCCCCCCACACACACCCCUCAGCCCUCGCCCCACAUCGGGGUCCUGGAGCCCGUCACGCCAUGGGGCCACCCGCUGCCCCUGUCCCCAUCGCUCGGGGGCUGCUGGGGCUGGUCUUGUGGGUCAGGGCUCUUGUUUUUUAUUGAUAAUGGGAAAAAGCCACGUGAAGGAUGAAUAAAGGUCUCGUUGUUACA